CCCGCUAGGCACCGCUUUUCAGCUCGCCGCCGGCCGGCCGGAAACUCUGGGGUGCCCAAGGCGGGUAUUCGGGCACGAUCGCGAGCCUUCGGAGCGAGAAAUCCAGGUCGGGAUUUCUGACGUGCCGGUCGGCUGCAGACGCUGCUGCCGCAUCCUGGAGGUGAGCGGCCUGCGGUGCUCCGGCCUUUCCCGCUUCGCCGCGCAGCCCAGGAUGGACGCGGCUCUGUGUCCCGCAGCGCUAGGUGCGCCGCGCCCCGAGCGCUGGCUGCUCUCCCCGGGCCGCCGCCUCCGGUCACCCCGCCGGAGAGGCGUCUCGGCGCCCGGGAGCCCCCCGCCCGCGCUCUUGCAGCUGCUGCUGCUGCCGUUCCUGCUGCGGCGCGCCACACCAGGUAGGGCGGCGAGCGGCGCGCUUUCUUCUCGCGGGCCACGGCUCCCUCCGGCCGGUAACCUCCGCUCCGCCGCAGGCGUGGUGGCGACGUCGGAGACCAGGAUCGACGGGCGGGCUCUGUCGGUGAGCAACUUGCGGGAGGCCGAGAGCCGCACCUUCACCUGCUUGGCGGCGGCCCCCAACCUCACCUGGUACCUCAACGGGCAGCGGCAGGAGACCAACGCAGCUGGGAGGCCCCUGGCCGCGGCCGGCGACGGCGCCGCCUCGGGAGAGGACGGCAGCGGCACUUUCGUGGUCACGGCGCGACGUGUGGACCACCGGCUGGACUGCGCCGCCACCGACCCGGUCACGGGGCGCGUCUCCACCGCCUCGGUCCUCCUUAACGUGCAGUUUCAGCCGGAAAUCGUGAAGGUGGACGCCCAUUACCGUGAAGCGAGCGAGCCCGGCCUCCUGCUGGUGGUCUUCGUGCUGGUCCAAGCCAACCCGCCGGCCGACGUGACCUGGGUGGACCAGGACGGGCAGGUGACGGUCAAUGCCUCCCGCUUCCUGCUGCUGGACGCCCAGACCUAUCCCGGGCUCGCCAACCACACGGUGAGAGUGCAACUGCACGGCCCGCCCCGGAACGCCUCCCUCCGCGCCUCCAACGACCUGGGCGAAGCCAGCUCCUCCGUUCCGCUCCCCGGUCUGCUGGCCACCCAGCUUGAACUGCCUCUGGUGGCCCUGGUGGGGGCAGCUGCUGUAGCUCUGGUGAUACUCCUGAGUUUUGGGGUGCUAAUCAGCUGGACUGUUUCACAGGCGGCCAAAAAGUCAGCAGGACAUGGGCCAGCAGCAGAGCUUGCUCUGAGCAAUGUCCUACAGCAGAAGGAAGCCUGCCUGCCACGGGCAAACAGAUCCCUCCCUUCCAACCUGCAACUCAACGACUUUGCACCAGAACCAAAAAGUAGAGUGAACAGUGUUCCUGCAGAGCAAGGUGAAGAUGCUGUUUCAGACCCAAAAACCCACCUGACCCUUUCUGAACAAGAUUUGGAUCGGUUUCUUACCGUUGGAUAUAUUUAUAGAGCCACUAGUAUGAGUAGCGAUGAAAUCUGGCUGUGAAGACUAUCACCAUGCCCAGCCCCAGCACAGAGAAGCAAGUGAGGCAUGGAGGAGGGCGGGCAAAAGAUGCCAGGAGUCUCUCUGCUCUUCACACUGGAACAGGAUGGUGAGGGCCCCUCUGGGGGGCGAAGGCGCCCCCAGCAGGGUCCGGUCCAGUCCUGGACACCAGGCUGACCUUGACUGGGUGAGUCCUUUUCGCCCUUCACUCCAUUCCAGCAGCCGCCCUGUUUCUCCGUCCAAUAGGAGGGUUGCCUUCCUAACCUCCCCUUUGCUAUUGCCAGGCACAUCUCAGUUUAGGAUUGUAGCUUUGCAACUGCUACGCUUCAUGAAUAAACGGCUGUGGUGAAGGUG